AUGUUAGCUGGAAGAGGAAGACAAGAAUGGAAGAAAAAGCCAUUCGACAAGCGUGUAUUCCAGUGCUAUCAGUGCGGAAAACGCGGUCACUUUAAGCGAGAGUGCCCAAACGGAGAUACUGAGACACACGAAUCAAACGUGGCGUUCCAUGUCACGAAUACCCAUGGGGGCGUAUGCCGUGAGUGGGUGGUCGACCGUGGAGCGUCAAACCACAUGUGUGCAUCGAGGGAGGCAUUUGUGGAUUAUCGUGUUGAUCACAGCAACCGCACAGUGUCAGUAGCCAAGUCUGGCGUGACGUUACGGGUGCUUGGUGUCGGAACGGUCGUGCUUGACUUAAACGUUUAUCCUACGAUCCAGUCGGUUGGACAACCGACUGGAUUGGUGUGCGCUCGACUCGAAAACACACUGCACGUGGAGAAUUUAAGUCGCAAUUUGUUUUCAAUACCGGCGAUCUUGGCUAAGGCGAUGCAUGUCAGCAUGGACAUCAACGAAUGUAAGAUCUACCGGAACGGCAAGGUCGUUGGAAGCGGCACGAAGAGAGGUAAUCUUAUUUACCUAAACGUUGGCAAUGACGCUGAGUGUCAUGUAGCCUCUGAAGUAGGCGACCUAUGGCACCGUCGAUUCGGACAUGCGUCGCACGACUCGGUUGCAAAGGUCCUUGCGAAAAACAAGAUCUGUACUGGAAGUAUUAGCAAUAAGUUAUGCAAUGUGUGCGAACUUUCAAAGCAAGCACGAAAACCGUACCCAACGCACGAUACUAAUGUGAAUGUACGAUCGGAUAUCGUAUGCUCAGAUGUACUUGGACCAAUCAGCCCUGCGUCUCGAUCCGGAUGUGCGUACGCAGUGACGUUCAUUAUGAUGAAGACACGCUUCGUGAAGGUGUAUCCGGUAGUGCGAAAGUCAGACGUGCUACCUAAGUUCAUCGAAUUCCGACAGUACAUGAAGACACAAGCGGGAGUGAGUGUGCGCACUAUUCGCAGUGAUAAUGGAGGGGAGUACACCUCAACCGACAUGAAGACUUACUGCGCGCUGAAGAGUGUCAAAUAG